CUGAUUGGCUUGCGGGCCCCUGUAAGUGGGAGCUACGUCUUUUUGCUGGAGCACGUUGCAUGAUAAUCUGCACCUUGGCUACUCAAAAUUUGGGUGGGAAAAAAUGAUUCCAGGUCGCCAGGUCGACAGUGGUUCGCAAACAAUUUCAGAGUACAGGUGGCUUCGACAGUACAACUGCCUGUAUGAGGCAGUUGAAAGGUUUGAGUUAUCCCUGCAUUAUAACAACACUAAAACGAUCAACUCCGCGGGUUGGAUUGUGCUAUUUCGCAAAUAGUACUAGUAUACGAGUACAAUCAGUACUGUACAGUACAGCAGCACAAAUACCGCAAGUACGAGGAGAGUUCCAGGUAAACCGACGGAUGGCAGGCCUCCGUCCCCGGCACAGGCCUCGCUGCCAGCCCUACCGGACGCUAGGAAGUGGUUCCACGUCGACGUUGAAAGGUCCGAUACUGUGCUAGACAAGGAUCUUGCUCCUCAGACUUCAGACGGCCACCUUGCAUCGCGUCGAAGCCUCAGUAGAAGUCUCCAUGCAUGGUUCUAACCGGUAUUAGGUAGUAGUAGCGCCGGUAAGCACUGCCCACCACUUGCCGGCGUCCGUCUCGCAUCUCGUUCAUCAUGUCUCCUUCAUCUCGUUUGUCCACCCUCUCGCUCUCGCUGAUUUGAGCCAGUAGUACAUGAUCCCAUGUAGCUUUAAGCUUUAUAGAAAGCGUAUCUGCUCUAUGCCCCAUGUUCUCUGGAAU